AAUUACAUUAGCAUUAUUAUGGAAGAACUUCCAGUUUUAACCAUUGUGUUGUUUUAAGUACUCAUGUAGGCAUCAUACGUUGUGAAAACAAUACAACAAAUUAACUUCAAUGAGAAAAAUACCUUAACUAAAUUAAGUGAAAUAACUAAAUGUUUUUCUAUUGGACGGUGUUCGAUAUUGAUUAAAAGCAUUGUUGAAAUUUCGAUUUAAAAAAAUGAAAGUAAAUUUAACUGACAUACCCGAACCUGGUGGUCGAUAUGAAUUUGGAGAUUUAUGUGGAUACGGAGUCUAUGGAAAAGUUUACACUGCUAUUGAUAUUCAAGCCAGUAAGAAAAAAGUUGCAAUAAAAUGCCAGAAAUAUGAGACUGGCUGCAAAGAAUUUAUCGAAGAGGAAUAUAACAUUCUGAAAGAUUUAAGUAGCCAUUUGAAUAUUAUCGAUUUUUAUGGAAUUUUUAAAAAGAACAAUGAAAUUUGGUUCGUUAUCGAGCCAUGCGAUGGAGGAUCUGUUGUCGACUUGGUGAACCGUUUAUUUGCAAAAAAUCGAAGGAUGGUUGAAGAGCACAUUGCUUAUGUCAUCAAGGAAACUGUCAGGGGCCUGAUAUACCUUCAUGAAAACAAAGUUGUACAUCGUGAUGUUAAGGGUAGCAACAUACUUUUAAGCAAAGAGGGAGAAGUAAAAAUAUGUGAUUUUGGACUUUCUAAAAUAAGAAGUACCCCUGAAGAAUAUUUAUCAGUAAUUUUAGGUUCGCCCAGUUGGAUGGCUCCUGAACUAGUCAGCAUUGGGUCAAAUAAUAAAGAUGCUGGUUACAAUGACAAGGUUGAUGUUUGGUCUCUUGGAAUAACAGCUAUUGAACUUGGAGAUGGAAAAGCCCCCUUUCAAGACAUGCAUCCAUCCAGAGCUCUAUUUCAGAUAGUCGCAAAUCCACCACCCACUUUAAUGAAAAUUUCAAACUGGACUGAAAAUUUCCAUGACUUCAUUAGUGAGUGUCUGGUUAAAGAUUAUGAAUAUCGUCCUUGUAUGAUGGAAAUGAUUGAACAUCCUUUUUUAGAAGAAAUUCCGGAAAAUAAUUAUCAUUUAGCAAUGGAAAUCAAAAGCCUUUUAUCGGAUGUCGAAACUGAAAAACGCAUUCAAAAGAAGCCAGAUGUUGUUGUACAUGGAAAAUACUUAAAAAAAGAUAUUGAUAGUGAUAUGGAACCUAUUUAUGAUGAAGACUUAGCAGCAAUUCAUCCUAUAUCGGAACGGGAAAUUUUGGAACUCUUAGAAAAAAGAUUAGAAUUGGGAGAUAUUUAUACUUAUAUUGGGGACCUAUUAUUAAGCCUCAAUCCUAACGAAAGAAAAUCUAUUUUUGGAAACGAUUUCCACCAAAAAUACCAUUUUAAAUCAAGAUCUGAUAAUCCACCCCAUAUAUACGCUAUUGCCGACACAGCUUAUCAAAACGCUCUACAUCACAAUACCAUCCAACAAAUAGUAUUAUCAGGAGAAUCAGGUUCCGGAAAAACUACGAACUAUCUUCACUUAAUCGAUCACCUUUUUUACCUUGGGGAAAAUACCAGCAUAAACAUGGCCAGAAUCAAAAAUGCAGUCAAAUUAGUUCAUUCCCUAGUACAUGCCUCUACACCUUCUAAUAAUUAUGCAACAAGGGCGGUAUUUAAAACAGAACUGAAUUAUGGAAAAAGUGGAAAGCUCAGCGGAGCUAGUUUUAAAAUACAUUGCCUUGAAAAGUCAAGAGUAUCUUCUUUGGACAGUCGCCAGAGCAACUUUCACAUAUUUUACUACAUAUACGAUGGACUUAUUGCAACUUUAAAGCACGAAAAAUAUUAUUUAAAAUCUCAUAGAGAAUACAUAUUCCUAAAGAAUACAAACAAAAAAUCUAAUUUACCAAAAGAUGACAUUGAUUCAAAUACAUCAAAACAUAAAAAAAUCUGUAGUUAUUUUGAUGAACUACAAUUCUCUGAAGACCAAAUAUCGACUAUACACUGUGUAAUAGCAGCAAUUUUGCAUUUGGGAGAAGUUAAAUUUAAACAAAACGAUGAUAUGUAUGCAAUAAUGGAAGGUAAGGAGGAGGUGCAGUACAUUUCUCGACUUUUAGAAAUUGAUGAGAAAAAAAUCUGCUGGACAUUGACAAAUUACUGCGCAGUUAAAGGAGGAAAUGCUUUUAAAGUUAGACAAACGUUUGAUGAAGCUAAAGAGGCCAGAGACGUCCUAGCAAAUACUUUAUAUGCUAGACUGGUAGAUUAUAUUAUUGGUACAAUUAAUAAUAAAUUAUCUUUUGGUAAAGCUAUUUUUGGUAAUAGUUACGCAAUAAAGAUUUUAGACUUUUUUGGAUUUGAAUGUUUUAAACAGAAUGCCUUCUCUCAACUCAUUAUUAAUACAUUUAAUGAACAAUUACAUUAUCAUUUUCUGCAAAGAAUAUUUUCUUGGGAGCUUCAGGAUCUUCAGGAUGAAAAUAUUGAAUUUAUCCCAAUGUCGUACUAUAAUAAUAAAGACACAUUAAACGAAAUAUUGGGAACUCCCGAGGGACUGUUCUCUAUAAUUGAUGAUGCCUCAAAGAAAGGACACCGUGGUAAAUAUGUAACAGACAAUUUGUACAAUGAAGACAAAAGAAAAAUAAUGAUUUAUGAAGAAAGUACUAUUACAGUCAUACAUUAUACUGGAAAAGUAACAUACGAUUGUCUUGAAAUGCCAGAGAAGAACAGAGAUUUCUUGUCACCAGAAAUAAUCGAAACAUUGAGAAGUUCCAAAAACGCAAUUAUUUCUUUAAUGUUUACGUCAAAAUUAGAUCGUACUGGAAACUUAAUAAUGGCUGGCGAAGAACUUAGGAAAACAAAAUAUGGAUUUCAAUCAAAGGUGUCUACAGAACGGCAAUAUUCCCAAAUUAAAAAGAUGCGCACUCAGUCAGCAGUCUUCAGAUCGUUAUGUAUAGAACUUCUAAGAGAACUCUCCAUUGGUUCAGGUUCAGGUGGUACACAUUUUGUAAGGUGUAUUAGAACAGAUCUUAAAGGGAUACCACAGAAUUUCAAAAGAGAACUAGUUAAACAUCAAAUAAGAGCUAUGGGUGUAGCUGAAACGGCUAAAAUCAGACAAAAAGGAUACUCUCAAAGAAUAUCAUUUCCAGAAUUUUUAAGAAGAUAUAAAUUCCUUGCAUUCGAUUUCGACGAAAAUGUUGACAUUACUAAAGACAAUUGCAGGCUAUUAAUGGUACGUUUGAAAAUGGAGGGUUGGGCUUUAGGAAAAUCCAAAAUCUUUUUGAAGUAUUACAAUGAAGAAUACUUAUCUCGAUUGUACGAAACUCAAGUUAAGAAAAUUAUCAAGAUACAAAGCAUCCUACGAGGAUUCCUGGUAAAAUGCAGAUUGGCAAAACAAAUCAAAAAAGAACAGAAAUCUUGUAUUAACCAAAUUAAUGCCAGGAGGAGAAGCAGUAUCUUAACAGAGGAGGAAGCGGCAGAAAUCAUUCAAAAGGCUUACAGAAACGCUGCAAAACGUAAAGAAAUUCUAGAGUUACAUAGUAAUUUAACCGAAACGGAAAUGAAGUUUAUCAGGCCAAUUGUUAGAAAAUGGAGAAGCAAGAGUUUGUUUUCUAUAUUAAUGACGUACAGAGCAAAGAGAAUACAAGAUUUUUUUAAUUUGUCUCAGCAGGUACAUCUUUACAAUAUGAAUGCAUUUCACAAGCUUCAACAAACUGAAGAAGGUAUUGAUUUAGGACUCAUAGAUAAAUCAGCUCAAGUUUGUUCUUACCUCAACGAGGUGAACAAUUCUGUUCUUAAACUUAAUUUUCGAUUAGAAGAUAUUCCUUUCUACAGUACUUCUCAUAUGUCUGAUUUGCUGACUAAUAUUGGAGAACUAGCUACCAUGCAUGAAUCCUGGGAUAGUCCAUAUAGAUGGCGUGAAUUAAGAUCCCAAACAAAACAAGAAUCAAUAGAUGAAGAUAUCGAUUCCCACCAAACUUUGUCUAACAUUAAUUUUAUUAGAGAACCAGAUGAAGAUUUAGAAGCUCUUCCUAGUCCUGCAGGAUCAGAUGAUGGAAAAGAAUUAAAAGAUAGCAUAAAUGAGGCAAUGAAGAUGAAGGAAAAAAGAAUAGAUUACAUUAAACAAGACCAAUUUAAAGAAAAACAUAUUAAAUUCGAAGAUAAUCAAUUUAAGGUAAAUUUACGUAAAGUGGAGGGAUCUUCCAAAUAUAAAAAUAUAAAUGAAAACUAUACAAUGAAUUCAGCCCCAGCAAAUAAAGAUUUCGACUAUAUCAAGGCUAUACCUCUUAAAGUUAAACCAAAAUACUCUGUUGAUCCUAUUGAAGAACUAAGGAAUAUUGCAAGAAGAGACAGUAAUGCUUCAGAUGAUGAACCUCCAUUUAAUUUUCAGGGAAUGCUAAGAAAAACUAAUUUUAGGCGAGAAUCUCUUAAAAACUCGGUCCAAGCAAUACGUAGAUAUUCUCUUACAAAAGAGCAUGGAAAAAAUAUUGUAAACGGACUUCCUAAUGGACAUGAUGAUGAUAAUGCAAUAAAUAGAAAACAUUGCUCUCUAGAAAUAUUUCCAGGACUUAUAAUGGAAGGAGUAGAAGUUGAAUUAUAAUUUACGACUUGCUUGUUAAUUUAGUGACUAGAUGAAAAUGUUAUUCAAUAAAAAUAUUAACUAG